CAUUUCUUCACCACUUCACAAAUUCAGAACUUCUUCUUAUAUUUUCAAAAUCCCAAAUCAAAUUAGGAAAUUCCCCAUCCUUCAAAAUGGGUUCUAAAUCAUUUGUUUUGAUGCUACUUUUCCACUUCGUACUAGCAAAUGCAGCCGGUAACUUCUUUCAAGACGUUGAUGUCACAUGGGGAGAUGGCCGUGGGAAGAUUAUUGACAGUGGGAGGCUCUUAACUCUGUCUCUUGACAAGGCUUCCGGCUCUGGUUUCCAAUCAAGAAGAGAGUAUCUCUUCGGCAAGAUUGACAUGCAGCUCAAGCUUGUUCCUGGCAACUCUGCUGGCACCGUCACUGCCUAUUACUUAUCUUCAAAGGGGUCAACAUGGGAUGAAAUAGACUUUGAAUUCUUGGGAAACCUCAGCGGCGACCCUUAUAUUCUUCAUACCAAUGUGUAUAGCCAAGGCAAAGGAAACAGAGAACAGCAAUUCUAUCUCUGGUUUGACCCAACUGCGGAUUUCCACACUUAUUCCAUUCUAUGGAAUCCCCAGCAAAUUAUAUUUUCAGUCGAUGGAACUCCAAUCAGAGUGUUCAAGAACUACGAGUCAAUUGGGGUUCCAUUUCCGAAGAAUCAGCCGAUGAGAAUCUAUUCCAGUCUGUGGAAUGCCGAUGACUGGGCGACGAGAGGUGGACGGGUGAAGACAGAUUGGUCCAAGGCUCCUUUCAUGGCUUCUUACAGGAAUUUCAACGACAAAAAUGCUUGCGUCUGGUCUAAUGGAAGAUCUUCUUGUACCUCCUCUAAACCCAAAAAUCCAUGGCUGUCGCAAGAUUUGGAUACAACCAGCCAAGACAGGUUGAAAUGGGUGCAGAAGAAUUAUAUGAUUUAUAACUAUUGCACGGAUACCAAGCGAUUUUCACAAGGCCUCCCUCGUGAAUGCACCAUGCCCUAGACAUCCAUAUAAAACCGUGGACUAUAAUAUAUGUAGAUAUUAAAAACCAGUAAUUAAUUUAUUUAUUUAAUUAGAUUUGCAUGUAAAUUUUCGUUUAAAUAUAAUAAUAUUGCUGUUGAUUCUUUUAUAACACCAAGUUUAAGAGCAAA